AUGCCGUCCAAAGAUGCCGUCGACGUCCCAUCCUUUGCAAGCACCCAGCUCGCCCUCCUCGACAGGGAGCUCAAGAGCGAAGUCGACGAGACCAGCCAGCUCAUCUCGAACCACAGCCCUGCCGGCCUACAGCGCGCAGGGCUGGCCAUCACCAAUCUGGUGGUUUCUUCCCAGCGGACAGGCUUGGGGGGCAAGACUGUUCUCGAGCUGGGCCCUGACAGUGCUACAUCCGCCACGGGAGAGCUGCCUGAACAUGGCGUCCGGACAGGCGACAUAGUCCUGGUGGCCGAGCAGCCCGCCGGCAGUGCUAAGAAGAGAGAAGUCAGGGAACUGGAGAGGAAGGGCUCGAGGGGGGUUGUCACCAAGGUGCAGAGGGGAUUCGUCAAUGUGGCUCUGGAUGAUGGCAAGGACGAGGUGUCGUUUCCAGGGAGGGUGUGGCUGGUCAAGUUGGCGGAUGAGGUGACGUACAGACGUAUGAACCAGACCAUGGAAAAGCUGCAGGGCCUGGUCGAGGCCGAGUAUUCGAGCUUUAUGAGAGUCCUGUUUGGUCUUUCUAGCCCGUCGCCUCUCCCCCAAGAUUUGUCGAGGGAUCCUCAGGCUGGCGAUAUUGAAUGGACUGAUCCUACCUUGAACGACUCACAAAAGGAUGCGAUUCGAUUUGCACUGGCUUCGAGGGAGAUUGCUCUAAUCCAUGGUCCACCAGGAACUGGCAAGACGCACACCCUCAUAGAGCUCAUUCUGCAAAUGGUCAAACGAAAGCAGAGAGUCCUCGUAUGCGGCCCAUCCAACAUUUCCGUCGACAACAUCGUGGAGCGCCUUUCGCCCCAUAAGCUCCCCAUUCUCCGACUAGGCCACCCGGCGCGUCUGCUCCCUUCUGUCCUUCACCACUCUUUAGACGUCCUCACCAAUACAUCGGAAGCAGGGGCCAUUGUUAAAGAUGUCAGGGCGGAAAUGGACGCCAAACAGGCAUCCAUCAAAAAGACGAAAAGCGGCAAGGAACGACGAGAAAUCUACUCUGAUCUCAAAGAACUACGAAAAGAGUACCGUGAGCGGGAGCGCAAAUGUGUGAGCAACCUCAUCAGCGGCAGCAAAGUUGUUCUAGCCACACUACAUGGUUCCGGAGGCUUUCAACUACGCAAUGAGGAAUUUGACGUCGUCGUUAUUGACGAAGCCAGUCAGGCGCUGGAGGCGCAAUGCUGGGUACCACUGCUGUCUGCAAGGAAAGCUGUCUGCGCGGGGGAUCAUUUACAACUACCCCCAACGAUAAAGUCGCUCAAUUCAAAGGCAAACCCGAGGCCCAAAGACGAAAGGCUCCCGAUUAUCAAGGGCAUGACUCUUGAGACGACGCUUUUUGAUAGAUUGCUGGCGCUGCAUGGCCCAAGCAUCAAGAGGAUGCUUACAACACAGUAUCGAAUGCAUGAAGAGAUUAUGCGGUUCCCUUCAGAGGAGCUCUAUGGGUCGAAGCUUGUUGCAGCAGAUGCCGUCAAGGCCAGGCUACUGAAAGAUUUAGAAUACGGAGUCCAAGAUAACGAAGACACAAGCGCGCCGCUUAUUUUUAUCGACACCCAAGGGGGUGAUUUUCCAGAAAGGAGUGAGGAAGACGACAAGGACAAUCCCAAGAAAGGGAGGGGAAGCUUGCAUAGUGAGAGCAAGAGCAACGAGAUGGAAGCAGCAUUGGUACUGCAGCAUGCGGGACAGUUGGUUGGCGCAGGCGUUCGUCCGGAGGAUAUUGCUAUCGUGACCCCAUAUAAUGCCCAGCUGGGCGUGCUAGCGCCCUUGAAAGAAAAGUUCCCAGGCAUAGAGCUAGGCAGUGUGGAUGGGUUCCAAGGCCGCGAGAAGGAGGCGGUCAUCGUCAGCCUCGUGCGGAGCAACCCCGACGGUGAAGUAGGGUUUCUCGGUGAAAAGAGAAGAUUAAACGUGGCCAUGACUCGUCCGAGGCGAUCGCUCACUGUAAUUGGAGACUCGGAGACCGUAAAGAGGGGGAGCAACUUUCUCAAAAAAUGGAUGGAAUUCCUCGAAGAUAACGCCGACCUCCGGUAUCCUGACAUAUCCUCCAUUGUCAACUAA